GUCAGAGAAGAAACAGAUUAAAUUCAAACCCAACACACCAAUUGGAAUGCUUGAAGUAGACAAAGUGAUUUUAAAGCCAAAACAUAUGGAUAAGAAAAAGCCCACUCCUAUAAUGCCAGAGCAAACAAUAAGAGUGGUAGUAAACUACAAGAGAACACAGAAGACUGUAAUGAGAGUGAGUCCACAUGAACCUCUGCAAGAGUUCAUACCGAUUAUCUGUAGCAAAUGUGAGUUUGAUCCUUUGCACACUGUAUUGCUGAAGAACUACCAGUCUCAGGAGCCCCUUGAUGUAACAAAAUCUCUUAAUGACCUUGGACUAAGAGAAUUAUAUGCAAUGGAUGUCAAUAAAGCCACUUCAGCUGCUGACUUCAAUUUAUCAUCUUUACGAGACGCCUGCCAAAUUUCUCAAAACCCAGAUACUUUGAAGGAGAGAGAAAAUAAAGGAUUUUUCAGCUUUUUUCAGCGAAGUAAGAAAAAACGUGAACAAACUGCCAGUGCCCCAGCAACGCCAUUGAUGAGCAAACCCAGGCCAACUUUCAUCAACAGAUCUAACACAAUUUCCAAGCAAUACGACUCUAACACAUUGCCAUCUGAAAUGCCAAAAAAGCGAAGAGCACCCUUGCCUCCAAUGCCUGCAUCUCAAAGUGUCCCACAGUACCUUGAACAUACCCAAGUGAGACACACACCAUCUUGUGUUGUGAAAUCUAGUAGUGUUGAUGACAAUGAACAGGGUCAGUUGGGACUAGGAAUAGUGAGAACAGGUUCUCUGCAGCUCAGUGGCACAUCAUCUGUUAACUCCUCUUUGAGAAGAACUAAGCGCAAAGCGCCCUCUCCACCCUCUAGAAUACCACAAGACCAAAGUGACAACAGUAAAAGAACUGCAUCAGAAUCUGCAGAAUCAACCCCUGUAGAAAGUAUUGUGGAAGAAAGAGAUACAGAAGUACUGUUUCCAACAGGCAAUAAAGUUGAUAUAAGCAGAGCCACAGUCCCAUCAUGUGCCUCUCAUUGCUUAGAUGCAACCAAUCAUGAACAAAACACCCUCCAGCAAGUAACUGAUGAAACUAACCUUACUGGUAACACUGGCUGUCCUGAUGCAACUGAAAUGCCUUCUAAAUCUGGAAUUUGCUCUGAAUAUAUCCUAGAUGAGAUCAGUGAAAAGGAAGAGAAGAAUAUACAGCACAAAGAGGAAAGUGAAAGUGCAGAUACCUUUCUUACAACACAAGAGAUUUCUGCCUCCUUCAUUUCUACUGAUGUACCACUAGAUAUUGAAAAAAAUGAUUCUGCUUCAUCAUCUUCAAUUCCUGGCAGUGGUUCUGUAGAUAACUUUCAAAGUUCCAAGGAAGAAAAACAAGAAAAUAUGAGCACAGAUGGCAAAGGACCACACAGUAAGAUAGACGGUGAACAAAUUACAUUUGAAAAUGACGAGAAGUUGGGAAUAUUGGGUCCAAACAAAAUUUAUGAUCAUAGUGGCACAAGAUUCCUUCUAGCAACCACAGGAGAAAAAGAAAAUCAAUGUAAGAUGGGAGAAAUUAAUACAGCAGAUGUCAGAGAAAAAAAUAAGCUUGAAGUUGACAAACUAUCAAACAGCCAAGAGUAUAAAAAUGACAUGUCUACAAAUCAGGAUGAUAAUCCUCAAGUGAAUCUAGGGAUACAAGUUCGGAAGCUAAAUCAAACGAACAUGGAGAUGGUAAAAACUCAGGAUGUUGCAAUUCAGACAACUCCAUCUGAUGAUAGGUUUGGCAGGACUACACUAAGUGAAAUGAUUGUCCUUCAAGAUUGUGAGUCAUCCACCUUCAGAGGAGUAGCCCACAUGCAGAAUUUGAAUAUAGACAAUCCACCUUUGCAGUUGAUGAACCAAGUGCAAGAGUCUGUAGAAGUAUCAACAGAACUCAACCAUCAGACACAAGAAGCUGUGGAUGACAAAGCAAUUCCCAUAGAAAAUCAAAGUACUAUAUAUGAUAAUGACAAUGGUCUUACCCCAUCAGAGAGAGCUCCAAAAAGUGCAAUUAGUUCUCCUAUUAAAGGUUACCCACUUUAUAGACAAGACUUCAAACCUAAACCUAAACCCUCUAAUGAAAUUACAAGAGAAUAUAUCCCCAAAAUUGGAAUGACUACUUAUAAAAUAGUGCCUCCAAAAUCCUUGGAAAUACUGAAAGAUUGCGAGUCGGAUGUUAUGUCAGACAUUAAGGGUCAGGAUGGAGUCACCUUGGAAAUGUCCCCAGAGUCAGAGAAUUCAAAAGAAUUUGGAGUGCAAACUGAAAUUCUUUGGGGUUCAAAAAAUACAAGUCAGUCAGAGUCUGGUUUAAAAUAUGAACCUGCUUUAGCAGUGAAUGAUCAGCUGCACAAAACUAGCAGAAUUACUGACAGUGUCUCAACUUCUGAACUUCGGGUUACUACUGAAAGCAAGCAAAAAGAAACAGAGGCUUCCAAACCCAGCAUACGCAAUGGCAUAACUCCAUUGAUGCUAAGCUCAGGUAACACACAUUCUUCACCUGAGACUCAAGAAAAAUCAAGUGUUUUCAGUCCUACAAUGAAACCUAGUUCUUUUUACUUACAGAUGCAAAGAAGGGCUUCAGGUCAUUAUGUAACAUCUGCAAUUGCCAGAAGUGUCAGUGCUGCUACUAGUCCUACUCAAAGAGAGGCUAUGAAUACAGAGAGAAACAAUAAAUUGUCGCCAUCAGAUCAGUCUUUUUUUCCUUUACAUAAAACACACAAUUUCCCUGCUCAAUUAAAUGAAGAAGAGGUUGAUAAUGAGAAAAAAAUUGACACUUCCACUUCUGUCAAAACUGCUAAACCUUUGAGUUUUCCCUCCUGUCAGCCAGCAACACUGAACUUAAGAACUCUUAGAACUUUUGCCAUUCCAAAACCAUAUUCCAGUUCUAGGCCAUCCCCCUUUGCUCUUGCUGUCUCAUCUGCAGUCAAAAGAUCACAGUCAUUCAGUAAACCACAAGCCAUCAGUAGCCAGCCAUCAAAAGAGAAAUCUCCUGUUGAACUAUCCUCAGCAACUUCCACAGGAGAUGUGAAGAACCAGUUUUUACAGACCUUAACAAGAGGUUCACAACACAAUAUGAUGGAUAAGAGUUCUGACCCAGAACAGAUCCACCAGAGUCUGCUGGCUGCUGUCCGCUCUGGAGAAGCUGCUGCCAAAUUAAAAAGGGUUGCUGCUCCAUCAAAUACUAUAUCUGUCAAUGGAAGAUCCAGGCUCAGUCACUCAUUUCCCACAGAAGAAAAAUAUAACCAUUAGAUAUUAUACCAAAUAUUUUGCACUUUACUACCAUUGCCUAGGCCAAAUUAAUACUAACUAACUGCAAAUUUUUGCAAAUGUAAAUGCAGGUGAAUGUGAGUAUACAUUGUAUAUUAAAAUAUCGGAAUUUCAUGCUGGAUCUCUUAAUUCCUGGGGAAGGUUUAUUAGAAUGUGUAACUUAUAGUAAUAUUUUUGCCUUUUUUGUAAAAGCUGAAAAUGCUGCUUCAGAACUUUUAAGAUGAGUUGCAGACGAGUUUCAUUUUUGUUUAAAUGUAAAUCAAAUGUUGAUUUCAUUUUGUACUGUUAAGACUUAAUGACAUGUAGCAACAUGCUGAAAAAUACUGAUGAUUUAGAGGAGUCUGAGAAUUUCAGAUUUUUAAGUUUAUAAUUGUAUAAUAGUAAUGUUAAAUUGUGAGUUUAAAUAUACAUCUGCCACUUGUUGCCUCAAUGUUACUUUGUUAAAUUAAAUCUUAAAAUUCAAUGAAGUUCUUUCAGAAUUUUGUAGAAAAUAGAUAUGUUUUCCUUUCUUCAACUAAGAGUAGGAAUCAAUAUUAUUUGGCUUUUAGUCGCCUUAACUUUUUUUUUUCUAAUAGCAGGACCAAAAUGAUCUGAAGUUUUUCAUACUAUUUUAAUAUUUUCUUAACACUAAUACUAUUUGGCUUUUCUCAUUCUGCUUUAUAACAAAUAAUUUUUGUGAAUAGCUUUUUCUCAUAAUAUUCUGAUAAGCAAUAAGUACCAGAUACCUUUUUAAAUGUUGUCAUCAACAUGUAGAAACAGUGGUAGGGGAAAAAAAAUUCCAGUUUUCAUAUUUAGUGAAAGAGAAAUAAAAAUUAUACUCACAUGAACUAUAACUAAAAAGAUCCUAAAAUGCUUUAAAAUUAUUCAGACAGUUUAUUAUAGUCUUAAAUCAGUACAAUAAUGAGAAAACAAAGCACAUUAUACAAAAGUCUAUAUUUAUAGAAUAAGCAUUUGCUACUGAAAUAGAAAAAGAGGUGAAGCUGGAAAACUAUAUAAAAAGAAAAGGCCUAAUAAUAGAUGCAGUGUUUGUAUCACUUUGUCUUUCUUGUCAAGAUGAUGAUUUUUAGGGGAAAAUGUGAUUAUAGUGAUGAUAAAAAAAACAAAACUGGAUUGUAGAUAUCUACUGCAAAUAUUGGGAUAUUUUCCAUUUUCUAAAAUAUUUCAUGGUGGGUUUUGGUUGAAUAAAAGUAAUUGUAUUUUGUUUAACAAUAUAUUUAUUUUGUGUUACUGAAACCAUUUGUAACAUUCAAUGGUAUUUUAAUUGCACAAAUUGCUUUAUAAUUGCUCAUUUAAGAAAAGGUUUAUUUUGAAGAAUGGCAUAUUGCCAAUGUUUUUUGUGCAAUAAUCUGGGAUCAGUGUACAUUACUUUCACUAGUUGGAAGUGGUCACAAGUAAAACUAUAUUAAAGUUGUAACAAUGAUUAAAAACCUAAGAAUGUCCUAGUAAACAAUAAUUCUUAAAUACUAAAGCAAUGAAUAUUUAUUUGCA